AUGGCUUCAUAUGCCAACAACAGCAGUGUCGAAUUCAAUGCUACAAUUCAGAGUGCCCCGUGGAAUCAACCGAUGUUUACAUUUUCUAUGACCAACGGCAUCAAAAUCUGGUUGAUCGUCUUUGCCAUUGUCUGCGGCAUGGGUACGAUUCUCAAUGGUCUAAUUUUCUUUGCGGUUGUCACCCAAAGGUCACUCCAGACCGGUUCUGGUUGGCUAAUUGCGCAUAAACAGUUUCUUGACGGUCUGAUCUGUGGUGUGGUUUUUCCGCUUAUCACUUCACCAGUUCUCAAUUUCUGGUUGGGCAACGCUUUGCCUGCCUUCGAUUGUGAUUUCCUGAUUUUCCACCAGCUGUUGUUGAUGCAAGUGGGAUACUGGGUGGCGUUGUUUUUGGGCGUCAACCGUUUUGUGGCUUUGCUGUUACCGCACAGCUAUUCCAGAGUCUCCAACCGCAGGAUGCUAGGAGUAUUUUUUGCUCUUUCAUGGAUCAUCGCCAUUUCGUCCCAGCUGCCGGGCGUAUUGGGCUUCGGGCUUCUCAGCGGCGUUUCACCAUUCCUAAUCUGUUCCACGUUACAAACGCUGGGUGUGCUCUAUGUCACCAUUUUUGCAUUCGUUUGGAGAAGACGACGCCGGAUUGCCAACGAAGGGGCGCCGGGACUGAGUCGCGAGGUGUACGACAAAAAAUACGCCAUGGCGAAACUGCUGUUUGCGUCAUACAUCUGGAAUACGGUCUGCAGUCAGCUGCCGAUUAUACUGCUGCUAUUGAUUCCGCCGCGUAUGCGGGUGGGACCGCUGAUGGCGUACUGGAUGCGAACGGUGGUUGUGUGCGAAUAUGCCGCUAAUCCCGUGUUCUUCUUCGCAUUAAGUCGCGAUUACCGGAAUGGCUGCGGCAAGCUGCUGCGUAUGCUUCUUGACACUCCGGCAAAAGUACUGGGUGCCUGCCUGCUGUAUUUGGGUAAUAAGCUGGUUAACCAUGGCCAAAAGCCGCCAGAUGACGGGAAGAACAGUUCAAGUGGAUCGCGCUCUGCUACGCAACGAACAGCAGCAGUCCAGCAAUAACUCUCGCAUUAGAAAAGCGAGAAAAAUGGAAAGAAA